UCUCUGUGUAGCCCUGGCUGUCCCAGAACUCAUUCUGUAGACCAGGCUGACCUCAAACUCAGAGAUCUGCCUGCCUCUGCCCCACAAGUGCUGGGAUUAAAGGAGUGUACCAGCACUGCCCACUGAGAUGCCUCCCCCCCCGUGGCCUUCUUUGACAGAUGUCCCAUGUCCUUGAUGCUGCUAAUGCUGUCGGGUCUUCGUUAUAGCCUAGGCUUCACACCCACAACACCACACAGCUCCCUCUCAGGGACUCCUCACAGGUAUUCUAAACAUCCUAUACAUCUCCUGGAUCUUCAGGCUUUUCUUUAAAAAAAUGUAGGUGCAGGCAUCCAUGACCAGAGAGUUGAUGCAUACAGCAUGCUUGUAAACCUAGCACCACACGAUUCACACUGGAGUGUGAUGCUCAGAUAAAAUGGUGGCCAGGCCCCCACAGACCAUGGUUGCAGUGGCGUAUGAGGGCUUAAUGAAUGAAAAACACUUUGGUGGAAAUCUGAAGGUAGAUAGUGCAUCCCUGAAGCUCCCUCUUCUCAAUGGAAAGUCUUCAGGAUGAGCUUUCAGAUCUUCAUCCUGGUUCCCAUGAUGCCAGUUAUCGUCACCUCCGUGUAAGAGGUUAUCAUUUUCCCCCCAUUUAGAUAGGCAAGUUUUAUUGUGGGUGCUUGAGAGCGUGGCUAUGCCAGGAUGGCAGGGCAGUGGGUGAAGAGCACCACUUGGCUGAGCCUGUGGGAAUCAACUGGGAACAGCAAAGGAAGAGCGGGCAUGUGCGGGGUAUCUCCUUCAGGCAGCCAAGUGCUUUCCUUUGGUCCAAAUGAUCAUCUGAGCCAAGGCCACUAGGAAAAAGAAGGCCACGGGGAGCCACUUGCAUCAUGACUGCCAGGAUAUUCUGGGACCCCACCAGCAAGCCACAGGACCUGAAGAGACAUGCGGAUGGAGAAAUUGCUAGCUGGCCGAUCAUAAGGAUAGCCAGUGCUAACCUACCCUGCCGAGUGCCAUAGGUGUGUGUGGGCAUGUAGAGGGCCUUGUUGCCAUACUAGGCCACCCAUGCAGCAAAGCCCCAGAAGGAGGUGCAGUUCUUAAAGGUAUUUUUCAAGAGCAUGGUUCUGUGAGAGAAGAGGGGCAUCAAAAGUGUCUCCAGCAGGCACCUGUGUUGCAGUAUUUAAAAAAAAAUAGCUAAAACAUUUAUUAUUAAUAGGCUAAUUAUUAUGGUGGUAUGAUCUAUCCUGCUAUCACAAUCAAAGACACAGUAAAAGAAAGAGACAGGAUAGAUUUUAGAAUAGCCUUAUUUCACCUGAGGCAAGGGGGAUAUCACCUACUAAGCUGCUCUUCCCUCCCAAGCCCCGCCCCAUCCCAUGCCAUCUACUCUAAUAAUUCCUAUCUGGCUACUUCCCAUCCAUACUCUCAAAAUACUUGCUAAUGUUCAUCUGGACUGCUUUUCCCCAUCCAUGCUGAUCUGGUCAUAUGCUCUUCUCCAUGCUAAGCCAUCGUGGCCCUCUGCUUCCAUCUUCCUCUGGUACCUGUCUCCUUCUCAAGAUCCUUCUGUCCUCAAAGCGUCUUAGCCUCACACACCUCAUUUCUGUCCUGCUCAGGUGUAGGCCUUUUAUUGGUCAAACAGGGAAACAAGGUUACCCAGCGUUACCUGGGGUGCCUGAGAGUUUGCUUGUAAGAGACAGCAAGCGGACCUUGGGAAGCAAGAUAAUUAACAAUCAUAUACGAAGCAUCAGACAAGCUGUUACACACCUGCUAUAGUGGAACAGUGACCGAUGAAGGCCAGGUGCACCUCCAUGUGUUCACUGGAUGGGAAGUCAUAUUGUGGCCAUAGACGUUUGGUUCACAGAAGUAGGAGAGCAGACAUAUCACAUUAGCUUUUCUUUAAUGGUGCUGGUCUCUUUAACAACCACAUUCUGCCUGUCCACACUUUCAGCUUGCUCUCUUUCUGGCUAGACGACCCGUGUUCCAGAUCCUUCUGCUCUACUCUUUGUUUCCAGUACUCACUGUAAAUCUGGCUAAAACCAACCAACAAUAACCGUGCAACUGUACAAAUGCUUUGCGAUCAUGAAUUUUCUUCACCAGAUUUCUUUAAGCUUAUACAGUGUUUCCAGACACAGACAAAACAUGCAUAAUCCUUUGCCAGAAUAUAACACAAAUAAUCUAUAGUCCUGUUUCCAAUAUGGCCCCUGUUCUCUUAGGAAACCUCAUGAGUGCACAUUUGACUGUAUAUUGGUAUUCUGGUCUGAGUUCUGAGAGAGUUGGAAGCUUGUGGACAAGGAGAGUAUGUUGUUCAGGUUAAGCUUUGCUUGCAGCGUUUUAGGGCUUCAAUAGUCCACAGCUUCAAACCCUGACAAGUUCCUUCCACAGACUAUUUCCAAACAGUCAGGGUUAUUCAUGGCAAUGUCCUGACUUCUCUACAACAGUUUUUUUUUUUUUCUGUACUAGGUGCUUUUGCAUCGCAGUGAUUAAUUACUUUUUAAAAAGAACUUGAGAGAAAGGAAGGCUUAUUUUGGUGCUCAGUUUCAGAAUUCAAGACAUCAUUGUAGGGCAGAGCACUUCAUACUGUGACGGACCAGGAGAAAGAGGAUCAGAAAUUCUAGCACUUCCUGGCUUUCUCCUUUUUCCACAUUCACUCUAUCCUGGCCUCUAGCUGAUGGGAUGAUGCCACACAUUUAAGGACAGUCUGCCCUAUUUAACCCUCCCUGGAAAUGCUCUAACAGCCAUGGCCUGGAAUGUGCCUGAGUGGUUCUGUACUGUUAGGCAGACCUUCCCUCAUCAGCAUGGGCCUCAGGCUUCCCUAUUCUCUUUUGUGGUGUGUUCCAUUGUUCUUCAAGGGGGUGAGACAGGUUCAGAAUAUGAUGAGCAGGAAAGGGAGAUAGAUGAAGACCUUCCAAGCUCUGCAGAAUUAUACUGGAGUGACAGUGUAACUUCCAGGAGAGACAGUUCUCACCUGGGCUCAUGACCACAGCAGCAAGGUUAGUCAGUGUUUGAGGGCCUGGGGAGGAGGGGUCAGCAGCAGGCAGAGGAGCCACAAGGAAGGGGUCAACAGGAAUGGGCAGGGUAGGAGGGCUGACAGUACCCUGGGGACUGGCAGCUAACAGGUUCACCCAGGCCAGCUGGCAGGGGCAGACACAGGGCACAGGGUCCAUCUCAACAGAAUCACGUGAGGGUCCACAGCAGAAACAACAGCAGCAGCAGCAGCAGCAAUUCUCACCACUUCAGCAGGCAGUUAUGAUACAACACAGAGACAUAGGACAGGCAGCAGGUGGCACAGGUGGCUAAGAUUGGGGAAGGCUUGUGUGGAGAAGAGAACAGGCCUUUAGAAGCAUACGGUCACAAAUGGACAUAUUGUAGUCCUGGACACACAUGUAUAUUUUUGCACACAUUUACACUCACACACAUGCAUAAACCCUGAACCCCAUGUACACAUAUGCACAUGCACAUGCACACACACACACACACACACACAGAGAGAGAGAGAGAGAGAGAGAGAGAGAGAGACAGAGACAGAGACAGAGAGAGACAGAGAGAGAAAGCGAGAGAGAGCUGUCCUCCAUGCCCUUGCUUCUGUCUUAUCUGGCUCCAGCUGUGUCUGUCCCCCCACAUUCUGCAAACCAUUACAAACCCUUUGAGAAGUGUGAUCUUGGUGGGUACCUGUGGACUGUCAGUCUGCAGGGAGAACUUCUGGACUCCUGGAACUUUGGGAUCUCAUGUAAGGAAACCAGCAAGUAAUGGAGCUUAGUAGAACCCAGAUGGCCCCAGGGGAGGAUGGCUGGGCACAGCAGGAGCUGAGCAGACAUAAUUAGCCAUGAAGCUGAGGGCAAACAAAACAGAAACACAGCCAGCAGCAAAGCCAACCUGGGAGGAUAGAGGAAGCAAACAAGGAAGACCAGCUGCAUUGUGGGAGACUGGAGCACUGGGCUGGGUAUAAAAGCAACCCUGGGAAGGAGCUCCAGUCAUUCUCAUCCUCCUCUGGACCAGCCAGCCUCCAAUAUGUGUCACACCAGCUGCUCCUCAGGCUGCCAGCCAUCCUGCUGUGUGUCCAGCCCCUGCCAGCCAUCCUGCUGUGUGUCCAGCCCCUGCCAGCCAUCCUGCUGCAUGUCCAGCCCCUGCCAGACAUCUUGCUGCAGGCCUGCUAUAUGCAUUCCCAUUAGAUACCAGGUGGCCUGCUGUGUGCCUGUGAGCUGCAGGCCCACUGUGUGCAUGGCCCCCUCGUGCCAGUCCUCUGUGUGUUUGCCUGUGAGCUGCAGGCCUGUCUGUGUGACCUCCUCCUGCCAGUCAUCAGGGUGCUGCCAGCCCUCCUGCCCCACCCUGGUCUGCAGACCUGUCACCUGUAGCACCCCCUCUUGCUGCUGA